AUGCCGCCAACUAGUCCAUGGGGAAAGAAGCCACAACAAGUCAAUACAUCCUCGUCUGGCUUUCCCGGACUGAAGCCAAAUAAACCAGAUGAUCCUGUAACCAGAUCUCAAUAUGAGGAAAUCCAAGAGGACGAGCUCAUUGCGUUGGCGUCCAUCUACGGUGACGAUUUCCACAGAAUCGAAACAAGACUGGAGCUUGGAAGCUUUGAGAUCCGUAUCAAAACCUCGGACGACGAUAUAGCUGUCGUUCUAUGCGUGGUCCUCACCGCCACCUACCCAAAAACUGCCCCCUUGUUGAGCAUCAAGGGCGAUUUCAACCUCCGAGAAGGGACACGUUUCAAGAUUCAGAAAAUCAUUGAAACUAAGCCAAAAGAAUUGGUUGCAGAAGAGCAAGCUAUGAUCAUGGAAAUUGUCAACGCUUGUCAGGAAACCCUUGAUGAAGCUGCUGAAGCUAAAGCCGCGGGAUUGGACUUACCAAGCUUGGUAGAAGAACGAGCUGCGCAUGAAGCCGCAGCAGCAAGGCUUGCCGAAUGGCAAAAGGGGGAGGAUGAAAAGAAGAAGCAAUUGGAACAUUUGGAAGAGGAGCGAAUGCUUGGAUCCCUGGUGGAAGACGAACUCAAGCGUCAAAAAGCAAAAACUCAGGAGACUAAACGGAAGAGCCGUCCACCUCCAACGGUACUUCCUCACUCCUCACUGGAUAAUGGAAGUUUCGUAGGAAAGGACGAUAGUCUUGCAUUCGAUCAGCCGGUCAACCUUGUCGAUGCUAGUGGCAACCCGUUCCGCUUUCAAGUUGUUACAGGCAAGGUCUGCAUCAGACAGGGUCCUGCAUCUAAAUGCUUUACCGUAAGACCAGUGGCUGAUCUAGCUGAUGCUCCAACUCUUGUAUUGAAACAAAUUGAUGUAGACUCGGGCGCAAAAGACCAAAAUACAUUCAAGCGACAAUUACAAGCUCUCGAGACAGAGUUAAAGUCACUAAAAGAGAUCAGACAUCAAAACAUUCUGGAUCUUUAUGAGUUCAAAGUCCAUAGAACAACCGACGAGGACCCAGAUUUCGACUCACCUUGGACAGUGAGUGUUCUCAUCGAGUAUGCCGAAAAGGGGUCUUUAGAGGAAUUCCUCGACAUUGCAGGUUGUCUAGGCGUUGGCAAAGUUCGCGCCUGGACCAUCGAGCUUCUCGAUGCCCUUCGCUUCUUACAUGAUCAUGGAAUCGUCCACGAGGACAUACAUACCGGCAAUGUAUUGCUGGUCCGAGAACCAGGCGGAGAGGUCAGACCAAAGCUUGCAGAUGCAGCGUUUCAGAAGAAGUUGCAAAAUCUUAGUGGAAAGACGCAAUCAAAAAAUAUGCUUGCUGUUGCAAAAUCAGCUUAUUGGUUCCCGCCUGAGAUAGCAAACAUAAACCAUCCUCAAUAUACGCAGAAAACUGAUAUCUGGGAUUUUGGAAUUAUAUUCCUUCAGAUGGCGUUCGGUUUAUCAGUCAUCAAGACGUAUUCUUCGCCCACAGCAUUAGCCAAUUCCUUAGCUUUGUCGGAUUCAUUCAAUGAAUUCAUCGUCAAAUUAUUCAAAGCAGAUCCCAGGAAGCGGCCUCGAGCUUUCGAGUUAGGCUCAUCGGAAUUUCUUGCAACGGAUGCGGAGCUACUAGACCACCAAGACAUGUCUGCUUCUACAUCAAGACUUGGCUCAGUAUCCUCACUGCUACCUGUAACUCCUCGACGGCAGCGACACGACUCUGCAAACGCUUAUUCGGGCCCAUUCUCUAGAUACAGGGAGGACUUUGUUGAAGAGGGUCGUCUUGGCAAAGGUGGGUUCGGGGAGGUAGUGAAAGCACGAAAAAAGCUCGAUGGCCAGAUCUACGCGAUCAAAAAGAUAAUUCAAAAGUCAUCCGCGUCUCUGACUGAGGUAUUGAAAGAAGUUCGCCUCCUUUCCCAAUUGAGCCAUCCGUCAGUAGUCCGUUACUACAAUACGUGGACUGAAGAAGUCGUAGAUACUUCCGAGGCCGAUGAGGAUACUACAACGACCGAGGCUGCGACGACAGAAGAUUCUGUUAGCGCGAUGUCCCCCGGUACUGGUCCUAACAUUGAAUUUGGGGUGAGCACUGGAGGCCUUGACUUUAUGUCAUCGAGCGGAUAUCCACAAAUCGAAUUUGGAUACGACGAUGGCUCGGACGCCGUCGAGGAUUCUGAAGAAGAGGACGACGAUUCCACAAAUCCGUCUAACCAAGAUAUCCAAAAUGGCGCGAAGCAUCACAACAAUUUGAGGAAAACAAGAUCUAAUUCGCGCUAUCAGCGGCCUUUCAAAACGAUCUUGUAUAUCUCCAUGGAAUACUGUGAGAAGCGUACACUCAGAGAUUUAAUCAAAAGAGGACUGCAUAAGGACAGCGACGAGAUAUGGCGCCUCUUCCGACAAAUUUUAGAGGGUCUUGUUCAUAUCCACGGCAUCAAUGUUGUGCACCGGGACUUAAAGCCGGAGAACAUCUUCAUCGACAGUACUUCCAGCGUCAAAAUAGGUGACUUUGGGCUUGCCACAAGUGGUCAGCAUGCGACGAUAGACAGGAACUCUACAGCAUUGCAAACAAUGAGUGGAGGGGAUAUGACAAGGAGUAUUGGAACUGCUUUCUAUGUCGCCCCGGAAAUCUCAUCCAGUGUUGGGGGCGGUUCAUAUACCAGUAAGGUAGACAUGUACUCGCUUGGUAUCAUCUUCUUUGAGAUGUGUUAUAGGCCAUUGAUUCCGGGAAUGGAUCGAACCAAGGUUGGUGCAGAAUUGAAGAUGAAGCAGCCUCUUUUGCCAAAAGAUUUUGACCCCGCGCAAAAUACCGUGCAAACGGACAUUAUACUAUCACUCCUGAACCAUAACCCGAAAGAACGACCUUCCGGUUCGGAGCUUCUCCAUGGUGGCAAGCUACCAAUGCAAAUGGAGUCUGAAACCAUUCGGCGGGCUUUGGAAGGCCUUUCGGACUCGGGAUCUCCUUAUUACCACAAGAUGAUGAGUACAUUGUUUUCAAUGCCGAACAAACAAGCCAAGGACUUUGCUUGGGACAUGAGCACUGUCAACCAUACUGCCAGCGAUCUUUUGCUUCAGGGUCUCGUGAAACAAAAGCUCAUUUCCAUAUUUCGCAAUCACGGAGCUAUCGAAACCCCGCGAAGCGUUCUCUUUCCUCGUUCGCGUCAUUAUGGGACAAAUGCCGUUCAGUUGCUUGAUGCAAAUGGAACAUUGUUGCAAUUGCCCUACGAUCUUACUCUCCCGCAUGCCCGGUCCAUCGCAAAACAUGAGCCACCUGUACACCGGUCAUUUGCUUUCGGCCCUGUAUUUCGAGAUAGACAAUCUGGUGGCCAGCCUCAGACCUUUGGCGAAGUAGAUUUUGAUAUCGUUUCCCCCGACACUCUAGACCUGGCAUUGAAAGAGGCCGAAGUGAUCAAAGUUCUGGAUGAGAUAGUGACAGGUUUUCCAGCUCUAGCUUCGACGCAUAUGUGCUUUCAUAUCAAUCACUCGGAUCUCCUCAACCUCAUCUUUGACUAUUGUCGCAUAGAGUCUAGCAUUCGGGAUGCCGUUGCGGAUACUCUUAGCAAGCUUAACAUUCGGGAGUGGACCUGGCAAAAGAUCGGGGCCGAGCUAAGGUCUCCUCUUAUUGGGGCAUCCGUGACAAGUGUUGAUGAUUUGCAGAAUUUUGAUUUUCGAGACACGCCCAAUAAAGCUUUUCAGAAACUGAAGACAAUAUUUGAGGGUACAAGUACAUUCGAGAAGGCAUCCUCAGCUAUUGCUCACUUACGAGACGUCAUCGAUUAUACGAAACGUUUUCAAGUCGGUAGCAAGAUCUACAUUAGCCCUCUCGGAAGUCUGAAAGAAAAGUUUUGCAAAGGCGGCGUCACAUUCUCUUGUCUAUACGACAAGAAAAUAAAGGAUGUCUUUGCAGCUGGAGGCCGUUACGACUCUCUGAUCCAAGAGAAUACACAUCGUGCAGGUACAAAUCUUACAGAUUACCAUGCUGUUGGGUUCAAUCUAGCAUGGGAAAAGCUUGCUAGGCUUCCUAAGCCCGGACCGAAGGGUUUUUUGAGAAAGGCAGAGGAGGAGAUCCAUGGUAUUUGGACUACAAAGAGGUGUGACGUGCUCGUUGCUAGCCAUGAUGCGGCUAUUCUACGAACGGCAGGUGUUGAUAUUCUGCAAAACUUGUGGACGAAUGAGAUAUCUGCAGAGCUUGCUCAAGAUUCUCGGUCUUCAGAAGACCUCUUGUCCAAAUACCGCGACGAACAGCAUUCAUGGAUUGUCAUUAUAAAGCAGGAUUCCAUCCUCAAGGUGAAGAGCAUGGCGAGAAAAGAAACACCCGAUAUCGAUAUUCCCACUACUCAGCUUCUAGCAUGGCUGAAGGGAGAAAUCCGUGAACGAGACCAGAGAGACGGGACACAGCAUCGGUCCAAGCUACAACGCCAUAGCAGCCAUCAAGAUUCGUCCGGUGGCGUCGAUCGUGAGCAGGAAGUCCGGGUGCUUACAGCAGCGCAAAAGAGCAAGAAAUCGAACAGACGUAAUAUUGUCGAGCAGGCCCAAUCUCGCUCGGCAAACCUGGUUCAUUCCUUCUUAGAUGGACCAAUUGCGGCCGUUGAGACGACCGACCAUGUUAUGGACCUCAUUCGAGAGACUAGGCUCUCUGAUCCAGAAAGCUGGAGGAGGGUCACGCAUGCGGUCCCGUCAGCUGAGAGGAGGUAUAUCGGAGAGAUUCAUGAUAUGAUGAGUACGAUGGCGCACCAGAACAAGGAGGUUACUCGGAAUGCGUUUGUCUAUAACUUCAGGACUGGUAUGUGUAUAUAUUAUGACCUUGGAACAUGA